UAGAUUUCACGAUCACAUCGCGACUUCCUUCCUCUCCCCAUUUCCUGGACCCAGCGCGCCGGCGACUUUGCAGAGCCGAGAGAGCUCACACACCAGCGAGCCCCAAUGGCGAGGCCCCCGCGCGCGCCGCUGCUCCGGCGCCUCCUCCUCCUGGCCGGCCUCGCCGCCUCCUGCUCCUACUACUUCCUCGUCCUCCAGGCGCAGGCCUCCGCCCCGCAGCGCUACGACGGGUUCGCCUACGGCGGCGGCGCCGCGGCGGCCUGGAAAGACGCCGUCCUCGUCGAGGCCUUCCUCGACCCGCUCUGCCCCGACAGCCGCGACGCCUGGCAGCCGCUCAAGCUCGCCGUCGAGCGAUACGCGCCGCGAGUCUCCCUCAUCGUUCACCCCUUCCCGCUCCCAUACCACACCUAUGCAUUUCAUGCCUGUCGUGCACUUUACAUAGCUAACAAGUUGAAUUCAUCAUCAACAUAUCCAUUGCUGGAGCUGUUCUUCAAGAACCAGGAAAAGUUCUACAAUUCUGCAACAUCGUCGCUGUCUAGCACUGCUGUAGCUGUAGAAAUGUCAAAGAUGGCAGCGCAGACUGUUGGUAAUUCAAUGUCCGAGUUCCAGUCAGGCUUUAGUGAUCCGAGGACUGACUCGGCAGCGAGGGUUUCAUUCAAGUAUGGGUGCACUAGGGGAGUUUUUGGCGCACCAUUCUUCUUUGUAAAUGGCUUCCUUCAGCCUGGAGGUGGAUCACCUAUCGAUUACAGCACAUGGAUCAGCAUCCUGGAUCCCCUGGUUUCCCAGCAUGUUGAAAGAAUCGAGAUGUUUACUUCUAUGUAAGUAACUGAAGUGUCAUGUGAAGAAUACAGACGCCUGGCUAUCGUACUAAACAGCUCAUGUUGUGUGUAAGCUUCGCACUAAUCAAUAGCAUUUAGCUUUGUCUAUUGUACUUAUUUGAGAAGCUGUUCCGGUUAUCUAGCGAUCAUGUGAAAUGGCCGAACCGUGACAUAAGUGUGUGAAAUCGCUGCCAAUAAUAGGAGCUUGUUCGAUUUAUGAACAGCCAAUUCCCCA